GGGAGACCGAAAUGAAACGAGGUCCCUCCAGCCUCCGUUCACACUUGUUGAUCAGGAUUUAUCUCCAACUCUGCGGCGGGUUUGGACGCUUCUCCACCCCGCCGUCCACCGCCCGAUCCCGGCCGAGGAGCCGGAUUUUAGGAUGCAUGACUGACCGGCUGGCUGGCUCCGUUCACUGAACGCACUGCAAUGGACUGAAACAACAUUACCCAUCUGUCAUAGUAGCUCACCGCCGCGGAUAAGCACUGGAUCGAUUUUUCACCAUUUAACCACCCAGCUUCCCAGGCGGGGGAGCUCCGGAAUCCAUCGCGGACACGGCGCCCUCUCCGCCGGGCUGCACAGCUGGGUGGCACCGCUGUGUCCGGGCGGAGGGACUCUGAUUUCGGCGUGGUGGUGUGACCCUCCGCCGCGGGCUGGCGACGUGAUAUCUGCUAGAAACACCGAGCUUUCGCCUCGCAUUUCCACCGAGUGAAAUUUCUAAUCUGGUUGCACGUUUUACCAUUUCAGAAUCUGGACAGUUCGCCUUCGAGGCGGGGAGCUCCGCGACCCCCACGGACCACGGCGCCCUCUCCGCCGGGCUGCACCGCUGGGUGGCACCGCUGCGUCCGGCCGGAGGGACUCGCAGCGCGGCGUGGUAGGAUGAUUCUCCACCGGGGGGCUGACGACUGAUAUCUGCCAAUUUACUGGGCUUGUUUACCUUUCGAGAUAGUUUACAUGCUCUGCGUGUCUGGAAUCUGGAUAAUUAGUUUUCUAAGCGGGGAGCUCGGGGAUCCACCGCGGCCACAGCGCCCUCUCCGCCGGGCUGCGCCGCUGGGUGGCACCGCUGGGAUGACUCUCCGCUGGGGGUGAAACACGUAACAUUCUCUAGAAAAACAGGUUUUCUGCCUCCCAGGGGCACAAGCUUUUACCCCGUAGCUACGCAGAGGAGCAAGGGGAGGAGGACAUGGCAGACAGCGGCCGGGCCAGACCAGGCGACCCUGACGCCGCAGACAGCCGGACUGCGAGCCCCGUGACCGGGAAGAAGAGGGCGCAGCAGUCCCCAGGGCUCCGGGCCAAGUACCAGACCUCCGCAACGGGCCACUGCUUCAAGAAAGUCACCCUGACCAAGCCCACCUUCUGCCACAGCUGCAGUGACUUCAUCUGGGGGCUCAUCGGCUUCCUGUGCGAAGUGUGUAACUUCAUGUGUCAUGAGAAAUGCCUGAAGACGCUGCGCUCCGUGUGUUCCUGCAUGACGCCGUCGCUCGUCCAGGUCCCGGUGGCUCACUGCUUCGGCCCAGCCGGUCAGAAGAAACGUUUCUGCUGCGUCUGCAGGAAGCAAACGGAGGGCAACACGGCGCUGCGCUGUGAAGUGUGUGAGCUGCAUGUCCAUGCCGACUGCGCCGUGUUCAGCUGUGCAGACUGUCGCAGCUGCCAUCAGGACGGCAUGAUGGAGCCGGAUACGUUCCACCACCACUGGCGGGAGGGGAACCUUGCAUCAGCGGCGCGGUGUGAAGUUUGCCGGCGUUCCUGCGGCUCCUCUGACGUUCUGUCGGGGAUCCGGUGUGAGUGGUGCGGCAUCACGAGCCACGCGGCGUGUUACCUCAGCGUGGCGCCAGAGUGCACCGUGGGCCGUCUGCGCUGCAUGCUGCUGCAUCCGGCCUGCGUCCGCCUCGACUCGAGAAACUUCAGCAAGAUGCACUGCUACCGCAUCACCGAGAUCUGCAACCACGACAUGGAUAACUCAGAUGACGUGGAUCAGCCGGCUCCAGUUCCUAAAGACGGGCCGCCGGCCGCUCCGGAGUCAGGGAAACAGUUUCUGAAGGUGUUCGACGGCGACGAUGCAGUCAAGCGCGGCCACUUCCGCCUGGUCUCCCUCCUCCGAGCCACCAAGAAUGAGGAAGUGGUGGAGGCGGCGCUGCGGGCCUUCUACCUCCCCGACGAGCCGCACGACUUCGAGCUGCAGGAGGUCGGCGGGCAGCAGCGUCUCCAUAGCGACGACAUCCUCAACCGCAACGGCGGCCCGGACAACAAGGGCACCCUGCGGGACGGCGGCGGCGGCGGCGGCGAGGCCUGGAUCCUGAGGGCCAAACCGCGGGACGGCGAGGUCGUCAAGGUCUACGCCGGCUGGCCCAAGGCGGGCGCGGCCUUCGUCUCCGUCUCCGUCUCCAGGAGCAGCACGGCAGCCACCGUCCUCUCUGAGGUCCUCAGUCAGCUGGGCAGACAGGAGGAAGACGCCGGCGGCUUCAGCCUGGUUGAAGUGAACAUGAGCAGCAAACAGGUCCAGAGACAGACGCUGACCAAUCAGGAGAACCUUCUGGAAAAACUGCAGGAAAUCAGGAAGGUUUCUCUGAGGCAGAUGAACCAGACUCGGUUUUACAUCAUGGAGGACAGGAACCGUGCGGUCCAGGUCAGCCUGCUGAUUGGAGGACUGCCCACCCUGCUGACCACAGAGGAAUAUAGCCAGCUGAUCCAGGAACACCUGACCAUCAAGAGUCACUUGGUCACCAUCAGCCACAUCUAUGGGAGUCAAGGUGCGGUGGUGUUGCAGAUCUCAUGUUUCUCUGAGGCAGAGAGGAUCUACAUGUUGGCUAAAGACACGACUGUCAACAACAAGCCGCUCACCUCCCUGGUCGUCCCGGAGAUCACGCACAACAAGCUGGGCAGAGACGUCUCCCCCCUGCUGGUGUUCGUCAACCCCAAGAGCGGCGGGCUGAAGGGCCGAGAGCUGCUCUACAGCUUCCGGAAGCUUCUGAACCCUCACCAGGUCUUUGACAUCUCCAACGGAGGGCCGCUGGCUGGCCUCCACACCUUCAGGGACGUUCCCAGUUUCCGGGUGCUGGUCUGUGGGGGUGACGGGACGGUGGGCUGGGUGCUGGGCGUCCUGGAGGCCGUCCGACACAAACUGGCCUGUGCCGAGCCGCCCAUCGGCAUCGUGCCGCUGGGAACAGGGAACGACCUGGCCCGCGUCCUGCGCUGGGGGCCGGGCUACAGCGGCGAAGACCCCCACCACAUCCUGGUGUGUGUGGACGAGGCCGAGGAGGUCCAGAUGGACCGCUGGACCAUCCUGCUGGAUGCUCAGGACGUCUCCGAGGACGGCAAGGACAACGGCUUCCUGGAGCCACCCAAGAUCGUCCAGAUGAAUAAUUAUUUUGGUUUAGGAAUCGAUGCCGAGCUCAGUCUUGACUUCCACCAGGCAAGAGAGGACGAGCCCGAUAAAUUCACCAGCAGAUUCCAUAAUAAAGGUGUGUAUGUGAAGGUGGGUCUGCAGAAGAUCAGCCACACCAGGAGCCUCCAUAAAGAGCUGCAGCUGCAGGUGGACACACACACCGUCCCGCUGCCGAACAUCGAGGGACUGAUCUUCCUCAAUAUACCCAGCUGGGGUUCAGGUGCUGAUCUUUGGGGGUCGGAGGUUGACGGUCGCCAUGAGAAGCCGCGCAUCGACGACGGCCUGCUGGAGGUGGUGGGAGUCACUGGUGUCGUCCACAUGGGCCAGGUGCAGAGCGGACUGCGCUCAGGGAUUCGCAUUGCUCAAGGGAACUACAUCAGGCUGACAGUGAGCAAACCGAUUCCGGUUCAGGUGGACGGAGAGCCAUGGAUCCAACCGCCAGGACACAUCAUCAUAUCUGCUGCUGGACCCAAGGUUCGGAUGCUGAGGAAGUCCAAGCAGAAGCAGAAGAAGCCAUCCGUCGCUGUGAAGGACGGUCGCUCUGAGAGUCCUUCCUCCAGAGACGGUGGACACUGACCAACACCGACACACCUGGAUGUCAGUUUCCCGCCUUCAUCUGCUUCCUGCUGCAGCUGGAAGCCAUUUUGGCACUGGCAGCAAGCUGAGAUUUCACCCAUGUAGCUUUUUAGUGGGCACUAACGACCUGUGGACUAAGGGCGACUAAUGAAGAGACUAACGAGCUUUGAUCGACUGAUUUACAAACCUUUCUGGGAGAGAGUCCUGGAUCGACUUAGCCCAGCGCAGCCCAGUUAGUUAGUUAAGAUGGUUUCUUAUCGCCUCAACUCUUACCAACUACAAAAUUCUGACUUAAUAUGGUUAAUAAUUACCACUUCAAAUUUACAUUAAAAGAACUGAUAAUUACCUUAAUACAAAGAAUAACAUAGUUUGUUUACUGAUGACAAGGUUUCUGCACUGGUCAGGAAAAAUGGUGAAACUGAAGAUUAGUUUUUCAAGUCUUGAUAAGCUUUGGAGUCGCACUAAAGGUCAGGAAGUGCGAAAAGAAACAGUUGAAUCUCUGUACAGAUUUCAGUAGUUGUUAGACUCAGUGUCAUUUGAUAUACUGUAAUAUCUGUUGUAGUGAAAAAAUAACAUGUAGCUACAGAGGGACAUUGCCGAAUUACAGUCAGUAUAUUGUCAGAAGCGGAAAGUGUAAAGGAACCAAAGGAUGAAUCAGCUCUGAAGGAUUGUUUUUAUGAAGCUGUAACUGCAUAAUCUUAUCAAAACAGAAACUUCCUAGGAUGUUGAACAGAGUCCUGGCCUCUGCUUCCUCUGGCGUUAAAUCCUUUAGUAACGUUGGUCCUGCAGACAGCAGGAGACAGCGCUCUCAUUGUGGUGAAGCUCUCCGAUGCUAACGUGCGUGAUAAAUCAGACACAAACUCCCUGCUUGUCUGAAGCCACUGUGACCGCAGCGCAGCAUCAGUAUUUAACUGGAAGUGUAAUCCUGAACAUCAGUCAUCUGUGAAUCUGUGAGGAGGGAGAGUCGGAUCGGUCACAGUCGAAGCAUUCAAUAAAGACUGAACUGUAGCUGGUGGGAAUGUGUUGUACCCUGGUAAUGACACUGGCUUUAAUUUGUUAUUUUAAAUAAUCAGCGCAAGUCUUAAAUUCACUGCAACUGAAAUAACUUGAUGCUAUGUGUCUGUUUUUAGUGUUUUGAGGAUUUUAGUUUCCUUAUGUAAUGUCUGGACCCCAGGAAGAGCAGCUGUUACACAAAUGCUCAGGUAAAAUAAUAGACAAAACUUAUUUUUGGGAUGUGACUCGUCUUCAAAUACUGCAGCCAAAGUAAGAAGAUAAAAUUAACUUCACUAAAGCUAAUUGUGUCAGCUAACAGUAAACAAAUUAAGGAAAGAAAAGUUAUUUUGCUAAGCACAUAGCUAGCCUGCUGUUUGCUCUGACAUUUUCCCAACUUCCCCAGAUUGAGACCAGACGUUGGACACAUUCUCACCUCUGGACGUCGAGUGGUUCAGUUCCUACGGGUAGCAUUUCCUGUUAGCUUAGCAUAAAGACUUGAAGACUAUGGGAGUCGUUAGCCUGGCUCUGUGAAAGUGAAAAA